AACGACGCCUGGGCAAUUUAGCACUAGUCGUCCCGCCAACUGGCCAUAAGAAUUGCGAAUCCGUUGCAAGAAAAGAAAAGAAAAAUGGUCGAUUAAAAAUGUUUUCGAAAAUGGAACCAGUGGAACGCUGGUGACUUUCGCCAAUACGGCCGCGUUUUGAAAAUAGAACUGUCAUUGGUUUUUAGUUUUUUUUUUAAAUUUAUUUGGUGCUGUGUUCUUGGACUCGUAAAAGGAGCCGUAGCAGUCGCUGUCAACGACAGGUCACUGAGACGUCAGCUCAGACCCCAGGUGACCAUAUGGAGGCCAUCACCUGCCAACCCACCUAUCUAGUCGGCAGCCGUUUCACCAGAAAGACCUUGGGCCUCAUCCCACACGUACAGUACCACCUUUGUCGGAAUAAUUCGAAAAUGCUAUUGAAAAUCGAGAACGUACUGUUACAAAGCCACCGUCAAAGAGAAUCCACCGGAAUCAAGAAGCUAUACAACUCGUUCUUCGUUCUGUUUUAA